GGGAAGUGUCUGCGCCUUCCCGGUGUAGUGUGUAAUCGGACUCUCUUUAGCUCCAUUUCUUCUUUCUUUCACAAUUUAUCCCGAUUCCUUUUGGAUUAGACAGCCGUCAGUCCCCGUGUCUGAGAGGGAGGCGCGCCCUCUUCACAGCGAUCACUUUUGGACGCGGCUUCCUCUCGUGCGCUUGAAAGAUGACAGUACCAGGCGAGACUGAAUCAGCAUAACUGUACCUUGCAAGAGGAACAAACUUUUGAUCGUUGUUACUGUUCUUGAAGGCAUUGACAAAAGUAAUAAAUUGCGUAGCCUUUAACAGCUGAAGAAGUUGUUUCUGGAAGCCGAGCUCCGCUUUCUUGGGAUUUGUGUGUGUGUGUGUGUGUUUCCGUUUCCAAGGCUGCUCCUCUUAAGGAAACUAUUGAUAGUUUGGAAUAGACUUUUUAAAUGUUUGGGAUUCAAGAUACUUUAGGAAGAGGACCCAUUCUGAAAGAUAAAGCGUUAGGCUCCGAGAUGGACUCCGUCAGGUCCUGGGUCAGGAACGUUGGGGUUGUGGAUGCGAACGUGGCGGCACAAAGCGGAGUAGCCUUGUCUAGAGCCCACUUUGAAAAGCAGCCACCUUCCAACUUGAGGAAAUCCAAUUUCUUCCAUUUUGUCCUGGCUCUCUACGACAGGCAGGGGCAGCCGGUGGAGAUAGAGCGGACCGCUUUUGUGGACUUUGUAGAAAAUGAUAAAGAACAAGGCAAUGAAAAAACUAACAAUGGCACACACUACAAACUUCAACUUUUGUAUAGCAAUGGUGUCAGAACUGAACAGGAUCUGUAUGUUAGACUCAUCGAUUCAGUCACUAAGCAGCCCAUCACUUACGAAGGACAAAACAAGAAUCCAGAAAUGUGCAGAGUUCUGCUUACUCAUGAAGUCAUGUGCAGCCGGUGCUGUGAAAAGAAGAGUUGUGGCAACAGAAAUGAGACUCCCUCAGACCCUGUGAUCAUUGACAGAUUCUUCUUAAAAUUUUUCCUCAAGUGCAAUCAGAAUUGUCUGAAAACAGCAGGGAACCCCAGAGAUAUGAGACGGUUCCAGGUUGUGUUAUCAACAACUGUGAACGUUGAUGGACAUGUAUUGGCGGUAUCUGACAACAUGUUUGUUCAUAACAACUCCAAGCAUGGGCGGAGGGCGAGGAGACUUGACCCCUCAGAAGCCACCCCAUGCAUCAAAGCUAUUAGCCCAAGUGAAGGCUGGACUACAGGGGGAGCCAUGGUAAUCAUCAUAGGAGACAACUUUUUCGAUGGGCUGCAAGUUGUAUUUGGGACCAUGCUUGUAUGGAGUGAGUUGAUCACACCUCAUGCCAUUCGAGUCCAGACCCCCCCUCGUCACAUCCCUGGCGUAGUCGAAGUUACACUAUCAUAUAAAUCAAAACAGUUUUGCAAAGGAGCUCCGGGCAGGUUUAUUUACACAGCUUUAAAUGAGCCUACCAUAGACUAUGGUUUCCAGCGAUUGCAGAAGGUCAUCCCAAGACAUCCUGGUGACCCAGAGAGACUAGCCAAGGAAAUGCUGUUGAAAAGGGCUGCUGACCUAGUUGAAGCACUAUAUGGAACGCCACAUAACAACCAGGAUAUUAUUCUGAAGAGAGCUGCAGAUAUAGCGGAAGCUCUGUACAGCGUCCCCAGAAAUCCCAGCCAAAUUCCUGCUUUGUCUAGCUCCCCUGCUCACAGCAGCAUGAUGGGAAUCAACUCCUAUGGCAGCCAGUUAGGAGUCAGCAUUACAGAGUCAACCCAAGGGAACAACCAAGGUUACAUUCGUAAUACAAGCAGCAUCUCACCUCGAGGUUACUCAUCCAGUUCAACACCUCAGCAGUCUAAUUAUAGCACUUCCAGUAAUAGCAUGAAUGGCUACAGCAAUGUUCCCAUGUCUAACCUGGGUGUUCCAGGCUCACCUGGAUUCAUUAAUGGCUCUCCAACAGGAUCGCCCUAUGGAAUAAUGUCUUCAAGUCCAACAGUUGGCUCUUCUAGCACUUCUUCCAUCCUUCCAUUCUCCUCCUCUGUCUUCCCUGCUGUCAAACAGAAGAGUGCCUUUGCUCCUGUCAUCAGACCCCAAGGGUCUCCUUCCCCUGCCUGCUCUAGUGGCAAUGGAAAUGGGUUUAGAGCCAUGACUGGUCUUGUCGUUCCCCCGAUGUAAAGAAGAGGAGAAUUUCCCCUCUUUUUUCCCCUCCCUCUCUCAUUUUUCUUUUACAGCACAAAACUACUUAUUGUGAUGGACCACUGAAAAAGAAAAACAUAUAGCACUACAAGCUUUUUGGGGGGAGGGAAGGGGGGGACAUGCCCAGAAACACCACCUCCCCCAGUUUUUUAAGAUUGGACAAGAUACAAGUCUGCAUCUUUUACAUGUUCCAGAUAUCUUACAUAGCCACGUUAACUCCUAAAGCAUCAUGAACAAGGAAUCAGCCAAGAGCCAGAACGAGUGACAGUUGGGAAAAUGGGGUUAAAAGUACAAGGUCUUUCUUGACGAACAUGAAACCUUCCUAACAUUUGUAAAAUAUUGAAAAGGAGAAAGAAAUUGGCAAACAAUUCAAGCUUGAUAUUUUGGAUACUAUUUGUUUUACUUUGUAGGAAAAAAAAGUUGAAGUUUCUAUUUUCUAUGGAGCCUUUCAGAUACAAAUUUAGUUUAUGCAGAAAAAGAAAACCAACAAAACAGGGUACCAGCAUGGAAGAAUAUCUAGGACAAACUGAGAUGAAUGACGGAACUUUGGUGUAUGUGUGUGUUUGCUUAUAGUUUAACCUCUUUAAAAUGUAAGAUGUUUUACAAUUAUUUAAAUAAAUAAACUUGUAACUUAUUGUAUGUAGAGGUAGAAAUUAAGACUUUUUUGGACUUUUUCCUCCUGUUGUACAAUGAAGAAAAAAUGAUGCAAAAAUGUAGUGACAAGUUUAAGAGACGUACUAUUAUUGCUGCAGUUGCUCCUCACUUCUGUCCCCCACCUCUUAUUGAAUCAUGUGCAAGGAUGUAUAGGAUUCUUUCUGAUUAAGUCAUCACAAACUUUUAAACACAUUAUGGUAUAUACAAGUUAACAGUUAAUGUAUGAAUUUUAUCCACGUUUAUUUUUCCUCCACCUUUUGUUUCAGUUUAGGUUUUCAGGUACUGCGAAAAGGUGGGUAGUUUCAAAGAACCUAUCAGUAAAUGACUAGCAUCCUGGGUUUUGAACAAACCAGACUGACACAUGGUACUGAGAUAAUUUUUCAAAUAUCAACAUGAAUUGGGAGGAAGGGUUCUCUAGCCAAUUGUUUUCCAUGAAGAUAGGGCAGAUUUAGAAAGUUUGGUCACACUUUAUAUUAAGGGUGUAUUCAUAAUGAGUUAAUGCAUGAUAAACAGAUACAUACUUAUAUUUACAAUCCAGUAAGGUAUCUAUAACAUUGCUGAUAUGCCUGCAUCAGAAACUGGUAAAAAAUGGUAAGGUAAGUAUUUUCCAUGAAGAGUUCCAUAGAAACAAAAAUUUGUUUUGUUUGAAAUUUUGUGCAUGUCAAUGAAAAUGAGGAACCAAAAUUUUACAGUUUUUUUCCAUUUUCCAUUUCCUGUUUCAAAGUGGGAAGAUGAACCAGGGAGUUUGGAGGCCAGAAACAAACAAAUGAAAAAUGUGCAGUUUUCUGAAGGAAAAACCCAAUAUUUCCUUUUAAUUGAAAAGCCAUUUUUAUUGGAAAAAAACUUGAUCCAUUCUACUUACAGUUAUCUGUAAUAUAUACUAUUCAUGCUUGUAACAAUCAUUAUUUAACUAUUUAUAAACCCUUAAUACAAAGCAACACCCCAAAUUCUAUUUGCCCAUUCACCCAGUAAUUUUGCUUGAUGGGCAAGUAGCAUAAUAGUGUUUUCUGUGAUCAUUCAAUGUGAUAGAAGAUGAGCAAGUCCAUACUGGACUCUGAAUAGUAGAUGUGACAGUUUUGCAAUACUAAGGUAAUUUAUUAACACUUUGAGGGAGUGGAUUAGAAAGAGAAUAUAAAGCUUUUUUUAAAAUCAAUUAAUCAAAUCAUUCCAGGGUAAUUAGUGACUGAAAGUUGCUUGGUGUCCUGUGUGGGACUUUAUAAAUGUUAGUUUAGUCUCUAGCAGACAAACCUCUCUGCAUCUAAAAAACAGCACUGCAAGACCACAGUCUGCAGGCGAACAUCACUAACUUUUCUUGUUGAAAUAACCCAGUAGUAUCAAAGAAACUGAUUAGUUAUGGCUACAACAUCAUGCCAACAUUACCAUUAAAAUUAAAAAUGUCUUGAUUUUUCAUUAGAAGUAUUUUGCUAAAAAUUUAGCCUGUAGGUUGAUAAACAUUAAAGCUUAGAUGCAUAGAAAAUUGAUUUAAAUUCUCAGGAAGACUCAAGAAGAAUUGGGUCACUUAAAGCAAAUGCUUCUGAAAUUUUCCUUUGACAUAUAUAAAAAAUACAUAUUUAUAUGAGGUCUACCUAGUCACUUGAUUGGAAGAGCCAAGAGUCUGCUUUGGAAUCAAACUGAAAACCUUCCUAAAAGACUAGUUUGAGUACUUACAGGAAGAGACAUUAAUAGAGCUACUUAAUAAGAUGUACACAAAUAAAAAAGGACUUCUUGGUUUGAUCUCAGCUGAACAAAUAUAACAAAAACAUAGGAAUGAUUUAGGUGUGAAUUUUGCUCAUGCAUGCAAAGCAUUGCAAUCAAGGUGAACACAGAACUCGCUGGUAGCUUUACAGAGAAAACAUGCACAUAAAUACAAACAAUCACCAAGAAAAUGUUGACAAUGAAAUAAGAAUUUGCAGUGGCAAAAAAUGAAAGCAAACAAAAACCCCACAAAAAUAGUGUACAAAUUUGUGUGUAAGGAUUUUUAAAAAAUCAUAAUACAUCUGUCCCUCUUUAAUUAUUGCUGUUUAACAACUCCCUAUCAAGUUUCCUUUUUGCCACUAGAAUUAAAGAGUGUUGUGAUAGGCAAUUACAAAUGUUAUCAUGAUUUUAAAAGAAUAUGAUUUAUUCCAUUAUUUAUCUUGAUAUAGCAUCUUAUUUUCCCUAUUUCUUUGCACAUUUUCAAUAUGCAUGGGCUUUUUAAAGACCAUUCUCUCCCUCUUGUAAAUUUACAUUUAUUUCUCCCAACUGUAUAGUUUUGUUUUGUUUUUUUGCUUUGUCAGUUAUUAUAUACAGUAUGAAGUUGCUAUGCACAGAGCUUUUUGUAAAGAUAGCUUUUUUGUUUACUGUUUUUAAUGGUCCUACUUAUGGAAGAAUAUCUUGUUUGUAAAAUGAAUAUGUCUACUUCAGUUUUAAACUUUAAA